AUGGCAGAUACAGCAGAAGAUCUUGCAGAGAAGAAGAAGAAGAGAACCUUCAGAAAGUUCACCUACAGGGGUGUUGAUCUUGAUCAGCUCUUGGAUAUGUCUAUGGAUCAGCUUGCAGAUUUGUUCAACUGCCGUCAGCGACGUCGUCUGAACCGUGGUUUGAAGCGCAGACCUUUGGCUUUGAUGAAGAGGUUGAGGAAAGCUAAAAAGAAUGCUGGACCUCUUGAGAAACCAGAGGUAGUCAAGACACAUUUGCGUGACAUGAUCAUUGUUCCUGAGAUGAUUGGAUCCAUUGUUGGUGUUUACAAUGGAAAAACCUUCAACCAGGUGGAGAUCAAGCCUGAGAUGGUUGGACACUACCUGGGUGAGUUCUCAAUCACAUACAAGCCAGUCAAGCACGGUCGCCCUGGUAUUGGUGCCACCCACUCUUCCAGGUUUAUUCCACUCAAGUAA